AUGCGUCCUGCUAUCUUCAGUUGCCGGAACAUCCCGCUCGUGUCGCUUCUGUUGGUGCUGGCUCCGGUGAUUUCGCCUCAGCAACAACAGCUCGUGCAAGCUAUAAAGCUCGACAUUCCUCUCGAGUUCUACCGCGGCGAUAGUAAGUCACUCGACAUUCCGCUUCCUGCCUGCUUCAUCUCUUCUUCCUCCCAUAGCUUCAUCGUUCCUUCACACAUCCUCCUUAUCCGUCCUGUAACCCUUCCUUCCUCCUUUACUCCCUCCCUCGCUCCCUCCCUCCCUCUUUCCUCUCGUCCCUUAUUUUCCUUCUUCUCACCCUUCCGUCCUCUUCGUUCCGCCUCAUAUUCCUUUCCUUCUUGGCUUCAACCCCCCACACCCCCUCUAACCUUCCCCCCUCUUCCCCCCCCAACCCCCCACCCUUCCUCCUCCCCCUCUUUCCCCCUCUUUCCCCCCACCCCCCCCUCCCACCCCCCGCCUUCCUUCAUCAACUCAGUAACCUACUUGAACAAUUUCGCAGCAGCCAUACCAAACUUCCCGCCGUACGCGUGGGCUGCUGACGUGGCACCGCCAUGCCCCACUGGCAACUGGAUAGGCGUGACGUGCAAUUCAGAUAACUACGUGACUGACGUGUACGUCCGAGGAGUAGACUGUGCGGGUCGGGUGAUGCGAGCAGUGCCAAUAAGUGACCUAAGCGCAAGCAACGUGACUGGCAAUUUCCCAAAGCUCAAGGGUCCCUUCUCGUUUGACAUUGCUGCUGUCAUAUUUCUCAAGACCCUCGAGCUGGCCCUCUCACCCAGCCUCGCCGCCCUCAACGUGGCAAACAACAGCCUCACAGGGCGCCUGUCCGAGGACCUCUGCAACCUCAACCUCACCUGCGUCAACGUGAUGGGCAACCCUCUCCGCGGGCCCAUCCCCUCGUGCUGGAGGAACUUCACAUGCCAAGACUGCAACCCGCCUCUCGCAGUGGCCGUGGCACCCCCAUCAGCUGCAGCCUCCUCUGUCAACGUCGUUGCCAUCAUUGCGGGUGUUGUGGGGGGUGCGGCAUUCAUUGCGCUGGUGGUUGCGGGGGCGAUGGUGGUGAUGAAGCACAUUGAGAGGAAGCGCAGGGAGGAAGAGGAGAGGCGCCUGGAGCAGGAUUUGGAGACCCAAAUUUCGUCUCGCCACUUUGGAACUCAAAAGAAGUUCACCUCAGCGGAGCUCAAGAAGGCCACCAACAGGUUUGACGAGGACUAUGUGCUGGGCGAGUGGGAGGGGGCGGCCCAGAUCUCAUCUCGCCACUUCGGAACCCUGAGGCGCUUCACCUCAGAGGAGCUGAAGAAGGCCACCAACGGGUUUGACGAGGACUAUGUGCUGGGCGAGGGCGGGUUCAGCAAGGUGUACAAGGGCAAGCUGGAGGACGGCAAGUUCGUGGCUAUCAAGAGGAUUAAGGAUGAGAAACGCGCGGGUGGCGAGCUGCAGUUCCUGUCUGAGGUGGAGAUGAUCAGCCGGGCCGUGCACCGCAAUCUCAUCCGUGCCGAGGGCUUCUGUGUGGAGCGCGGCGAGUGCAUGCUGGUGCUGCCCUUUUGCUCCAACGGAUCUGUGGCGUCCCGCACGCAGGCAAGGAGGGGUAACCCCAUGGAGCUGGCCGACAGGCGCAUGAAGGGUGCAGCAGAGAGGCUGGCAUCAGAGAGGCUGGCAUCUUUGCGCACAGAUUGCAAGUUGAAGCUGGCGCACCGCGAUAUCAAGGGGGUGGCAUCUCUGGACACGGACUGCAAGGCCAAGGAGAUGGACGUGAAUGAAACGCAUGCAUCUGCUGUUCUAGCCAUGCUCAUCCACGUUCUGCCCCUGCUCCAUCCCCUGUUCUGCCCCUGCUCAUCCACUGUUUCUGACCCUUCGUUCAUCCCCUGUUCUGCCCCUGCUCAUCCCUGUUCUGCCCCUGCUCAUCCCCUGUUCAUCUUCUGCUCAGAGAAGACGGACGUGUAUGCGUUCGGGGUGUUCCUGCUGGAGCUCUGCUCAGAGAAGACGGACGUGUAUGCCUUUGGGGUGUUCCUCCUGGAGCUCGUAUCAGGCAAGGACGUGUACGGAUUGACUGUCGUGCCCGAGGCUGAGGAGAUUCUACUGAGGGACUGGCUCGUGUCGGGCAAGGACGUGUAUGGGCUGGGCUCGCUGUCGUGCCUGAGGCAGAGGAGAUUCUUCUCAGGGACUGGCCUAAGCCCUUCUUCCUGUCAUGGGUGUUCUCGUCUCUCCCUCUCCCUGCUCGACCUCGUGUCGGGCAAGGACAUGUACGGCCUCUGGGCCGUUCCCGAGGCAGAGGAGAUUCUUCUGAGUAGACUGGUCACACCAAAGGACAUGUACCGCCUCGGCGUCGUUCCCAAAUCCGAGGCUGAUGACACACCUCUCCCCUGGGCCUCCCUCCUGCAGGUGUCGCAGCUGCUGGUGGAGGGGAAGGCAGAUGUGCUUGUAGACCCAGAGGUGAAGAAAGCCGAGGGGGCAGUGGACAUGGGUCAGGUGGAGAAGAUGCUCCAGGUGGCGCUGCUGUGCCUCAAGAACGACCCGGCUGAGCGACCCACGAUGGAGGACGUGGCUAAGAUGGUGGCUGGGAGUGAGCUCACAGAGAAGUGGCAGCAGUGGCAGGUGAGGGGUGUGGGGUGA